GGAGAAAAAAAACAGAAGAAAAAUCACUUGCUCAGAUAUUUGAGCACCACCGAAACUUCACAGAUCACUCUCUCCUCCGUUACACCACCGUCGCGCCGCCGUCUCUACUUAUGGCCACUGGUGGAGCGGUUUAAUUUUUCUUCAAAAUUCGCGCUUCUCUAUUCCAAUUACAAGCGAAAUGGAGACGCAAUUCCUCCACAAUUUCACAAUUCCAAAUUAUCGUUCUCCGAAAUUCAGCUCGAAGAAGUAUCUCCGGCGCCGGAAAAACGAACUGAAUGCCGGAAUUACAAGUAAACCUUUCGAAAAUUCCGGAACCAACCCUAACCCUUAUAUAACAUUAAGCACCGCGAGUGGAAGAGGUGAUGCGGAGACCGCGGUGGUGGUCGAGAAGCCUCCGCCUAAACCGCCUAGUUUCGAGGUCUUCUCCGGCAAUCCGAUGCCCUUUGGCGCCACGCCCGGUGACGGCGGCGUCAAUUUCUCAGUUGUUUCAAGCAAUGCUUCUUCCGCCACUCUCUGCUUGAUCACUCUUUCUGACUUACAGGAGAGGAGAGUUACUGAACAAAUUGCUCUAAAUCCACUAACGAAUAAAACCGGAGAUGUAUGGCACGUUUUUCUGAAAGGCGAUUUUGAAGAUAUGGUCUACGCAUAUAGAUUCGAUGGAAGUUUCUGCCCCGAGGACGGACUAUACUUCGACUCUUCUAAAUUGUUGAUUGAUCCUUAUGCAAAGGCUGUUGUGAGCAGAGGGGAAUAUGGUGCUUUAGGAACCGGUGACGAAUGUUGGCCUCAAAUGGCGUGUUUGGUGCCUUCUACUACCGAUGAGUUUGAUUGGGAAGGAGAUUUGCCCUUAAAACUCCCACAAAGAGAUCUGUUUAUGUACGAAAUGCAUGUUCGUGGGUUCACAAGGCACGAGUCAAGUAACUCGAAAUAUCCCGGCACUUACCUUGGUGUGGUGGAGAAACUUGAUUACUUGAAGAAACUUGGUGUAAACUGCAUCGAACUAAUGCCGUGUCAUGAAUUCAACGAAUUGGAGUACUAUAGCUACAACCCAGUCUUGGGUGACUACAAGAUGAACUUUUGGGGGUAUUCAACGAUCAAUUACUUUUCACCGAUGGCAAGAUAUUCUUCGAGUGGUAUUGGUAAUUACGGCAUUGGUGCUGUAAAUGACUUUAAGUACCUAGUUAGAGAAGCGCAUAAGCGAGGAAUCGAGGUGAUUAUGGAUGUUGUUUUUAAUCACACUGCUGAAGGGAAUGAAAACGGGCCCAUAUUAUCGUUCAGGGGUCUCGAUAAUAGUGUCUUCUAUAUGCUCGCACCUAAGGGUGAAUACUACAAUUAUUCAGGCUGUGGGAACACAUUCAACUGCAACCAUCCAAUUGUACGACAAUUUAUUGUGGAUUCCUUGAGAUACUGGGUUACAGAAAUGCAUGUUGACGGCUUUCGAUUCGAUCUUGCUUCUAUCAUGACAAGGAGUAGCAGUCUGUGGGAUGCUGUAAAUGUAUAUGGUAGUGCAAUUGAAGGCGAGACAGUCACGACUGGUACUCCUCUCGGGAGCCCUCCAUUGGUUGACAUGAUCAGUAAUGAUCCAAUACUCCGUGGAGUAAAGCUAAUAGCUGAAGCAUGGGACUGUGGUGGACUUUAUCAAGUCGGCAUGUUUCCGCAUUGGAGUAUUUGGUCGGAAUGGAAUGGGAAGUACCGUGACACUGUAAGGCAAUUCAUCAAGGGCACAGACGGAUUUUCCGGGGCGUUUGCUGAAUGUCUCUGUGGAAGCCCUAAUUUAUACAAGGAAGGUGGAAGGAAACCAUGGAACAGUAUCAAUUUUGUUUGUGCGCAUGAUGGUUUUACUCUGGCUGAUUUAGUGACGUAUAAUAACAAGCAUAAUUUGGCUAACGGCGAAGAAAACAAAGACGGGGAGGAUCACAAUAAUAGUUGGAACUGCGGCCAGGAGGGAGAAUUUGCAAGUAUUUCAGUGAAGAAACUGAGAAGGCGCCAAAUGCGAAAUUUUUUCCUAUGUCUGAUGGUUUCUCAAGGUGUUCCAAUGAUCUAUAUGGGAGAUGAGUAUGGUCACACAAAAGGGGGAAACAACAACACGUAUUGCCAUGAUAAUUUCAUAAACUACUUUCGGUGGGAUAAGAUGGAGGAGGCCUCGUCUGAUUUCUUCAGAUUUUGCUGUCUCGUUUCCAAAUUCCGCCAUGAAUGCGAGUCACUUGGCUUAAACGACUUCCUAACAGCAGAGAGGCUGCAAUGGCAUGGCUAUGCUCCAGGAAUUCCCGAUUGGUCUGAUACAAGUCGAUUCGUCGCAUUCACACUGAGGGACUCGGUGAAGGGUGAAUUGUACAUUGCAUUCAAUGCAAGUCACGUGGCCGUGACUGUAGCAUUACCCGAACGACCUGGUUACAGGUGGGACCCGUUGGUCGACACAGGCAAACCAGCACCUUUCGAUUUCAUCACAGACGAUCUACCUGAUCGACAGGUGGCUAUCAGACAGUACGCUCAUUUCCUCGACAACAAUCUGUACCCAAUGAUUAGCUAUUCUUCGAUAAUUCUCUCGCUUUCCCCCGAUACCACUACGUAUAGUUGACUUCGAAACUCAGUUGACAUUAAUCUUUUUUUUUUUUUUUUGACAUCAAAUUAUGCAAGACUCGACGAUAUUUGUACAUGUAUAGAAGGAUCGUGCAGUAUUUAUUUUCUUUA